GAGCACUGGCAAAGUACACUCGCCCGUCAUUGGUCAGCAGCGAAGGAGGACUCUAUCAUGGAAACGAGCGAAUGUAAUACAUUAUGCGUAUCCACUAAAAGCCCCGUUUUGUGAAGUAUCUGAGCACGUUUAUCUUAGGUUUCUGCUUGCUCGCCAACAUUUCAGAGGUACGUUUUUCGUAGUUACGACCAGAACCGUCCAAGUUCGAGUUCGAUUACAGCAGUCCGUCAAUGUUAAGUGACGUAGGUAACAGCCUACUCUGUUUACAUAUAACGUGUUAAAACUGGUUUUGAAUCAUUCGUUUUGGUUGUAUCCGGAGGAAAAUACAUUUGGUGUCUUGAUAGCUUGCUAGUUCAUACUGAAAUCUGAAAUGAAAGCGCGUUGCAUCGCCUCAGUGGAAUUGGCGACUGACAGAUCACGCAGAGAACAGCAUUUUUAGCUACGUGGGUUUUAUACUGUUUUAUGCGCGCGCUUGCUAAAGGUACAGCGAUGAACACUAGUGUGAGAAACAUGGAAGCAAAACUAGACGCUAAGAAGCCAGACGCCUGUUUAGAACAGACAUUUACAGCCCUGACCGUGGACGAUGUGUAUGAAAUAGCCAAACUAAUCGGGUCCGAGGUAGAAAAGCUCAUUGAUAGCUUUGGCAAAGAGAGCGUUGAGGGCUUGGUGCCUAAAAUAGUAAAAGUUUUGGAGCUUCUGGAGAGUUUCUCUGCUAGGAACCAAGUGUACAGCUCCAAAGAAGAGGAGAUUUUAAAAGCUUUCGAGGCUCUCCAGAUACAGAAUCAAAAGAAGAGGAGCGUGAAAGAAUCUGAGGACAACCGCAACAAUAACGAAAUAAGGGACCUCCAGCAGAAGGAGCAGAAAUGGAGGAAGAGGUCAGAGGGCCUGGAGGCCCAAAUACUGGAGCUGCAGGAGGAGAACCAGGAACUGCUCAAUCAACUGAGGAGCCACAGCAAGGGAGGCCAGGUGCAGCAGCAGGAGCGGGAGGUGAUGCUGAAGCUAAAGGAGGUGGUGGACAGACAGAGAGACGAAAUCAGAGCAAAAGUGCUGGAGAUCAGCAGCGUUUCUAAAGAGGUGGAGGCGUUGCAGGAGCAGCUGGAGCGGUUCAUGAAGAUGAACGGUGAGUUGCGGCACAAGCAGAGCGUCACUCAGGCCCAGGUGAAGAGCGCUGUGGAGCGGAAGGCUGACCUGGAGGCCGACCUGCGCCACAAAGAGAAAGAGAUCCAGAGACUGAGCUCCCAGCUGGAGACACUCCGCACAGCACAGCAGGGUAGCUCUCGAGGGGUGGAGGUGGACCUUACCGACAAGCUGAUCAUCGACCUGAAGGACCCCAAUCGACCCUGUUUCACCAAACAGGAAGUCAGGGACAUGCUGUACGAGAGGAACGAGCUGAAGGCCAACCUCUUCCUGGUGCAGGAGGAGCUGGCGUACUACCAGAGGGAGAUCCUGAAUGACGAGCGCUGUCCUGGGUUCCUGCUGGAUGCUGUCCGCUCCGCCAUUAAGAAGCAGAGGACCGUGAUUAAGGCCAAGAUGCUGGGCAUUCCUGAGCAUCAGUGCCGCAGUGACGAGGAGGUGAAGGGGCCUCUCUUUGAGAACAAAGAUACCUGUGACGGCGACUGUGUGGAUGGGAAACCCGCCGACUCCCGCAUCAGAAACCUGUUUGGGUUCCUGACCCGGUCGGGAAGUGGAACGAGCUCCAGCCAUCAGAACACCCCGCCGGGCUCAGCCUGGGAGAUCCUCACACCUGAAGAGGAGGGCCCCCCCCCUGAGGAAGCCGAGCCCCAGCGCUCCCCCUGACCCCCCGCCGUGCCUCCCGCGGCAGGACCACACACGGACCACAGGGCAGCCCGCUGCCCCCUGGGAAAACUGACUGUGAACCAUACCAGCUCUACAAGUUUUAUCGUCUUAAUACAAUUAUAUGGAAAACGAUUUCAUUACGUACCUGGUAUUUUAUAUAUAACAUAAUAAGUGUUAUAGUUGGCUUUUAUAGAACUUCCAGAAGAAAGACUUUUUAUAUACCCAUGAACCAAAGAUACCGAGGUGUGUUUUUUUUAUAACCGAAGGGGAACGUACGCUUAUAAGCCCCCAGGGGGCACCUUCAGACUCACACGUGGUUUCAAACCAUUUGAAUCAAUAAGCCGGUGAAAUAACAAAAAUAAUUUGUUGAAACUUUGAGCUGCUUAAAAUCCAGAUAAGUGGAUUUUUUUUAUUCUGCAGUUUUCUAUGUAGAUAAUAAAGCGAGCAGAGUCAAUUGUACCCACAGAGGGAACUCCCAGCAUGCCUUGUAAUUUGGGGCUGCUUGGGUUGACGGGUGCGGGUGUGCUGGUUCUGUGCUGGUUCUGUGCACGGGUUGGGCCCUGGGACCCAGCUGGUCAGCCCACUGCCUCCAGAGUGUCUUAAUUUAAUGUUUUUGGGAGAUUUUUAUGAAGCUGCAUUUUUUGCGAUACUGACGUGCAUGAGGAGGCAGUGGCUGAGCCAGUGAGGGGGAGGAGGGCGGACACUUCCUCUUUCAGUGACGCUCCUGAACAGGCUGGUGGUGGUUGUUCAGCGUUAAAGCAGCCAGUCUAAAUUUAGUUCACCUACUAGAAACCCAUUGCUGUUUUACUGUAGUGUGCUCCUCUUAGGGACAUUUAACAUUAAAUCAUUGUCAUUUAAUUUGUUUACUUCACAUAAAAUAACAAUAAUUUUGUUGUGAUGAGAAUGACGUAGUGUACCUGAAUUACUGUUGCUGCCAUAUUAGAUGCAAUCAUUCUGUCCCUCAGUUUGUAUCUCACUGGACACUGCAAGUGAUGUCAUCAGCCAGUCUGUCAUGUGUGAUGUCAUCGGCUGCUCUGUCGUGUGUGUGAUAACACAAGCAGUAUUUGGGUGUGCCUAAGAAUCUUGAGUUUGGAGGGAUAAGGUGGGAAAUGGAGGGAAAGACUGCCCUUCCUGCCUCCCCAUGCCCCCCUCACACACACACAUGCACACAAACACACACACAUACACACAAACACACACACUCAUAUACACUCACACACACACGCACACUCACACACACACACUCACUCACACACACACACACACACUCACACACACGCACGCACACACAGCAGGCACCUUCAUGUGAAAUAAAAGGAAGCAGGACAGUGACUCUCCCUGCCCCCCACUACCUAACUGUGAUUACUGAAAUCCUCCAGUGGAUCACCUCUCCAUUCAGAAAUGUUUUAUUUUUGUAUGCAUGCUAAAGUGAUCUAUUUUUAAUGGGAAGAGAUGUAUGUUAUUGUGUGAAAUCCAAAUAAAUAUUUUGAACAAA